AGCGGCCCGAGGUCACGGGGUUUCUAUCUUGGGAUCUUGACGCCCAAAAAUUUUCGGCUAGUACUAUCUUACAUGCGCAUCUGCUAAAAGUAUGCCGCCAGUAAUCACAUAUGACCCCAGGAAACACGUCGGGGUUCACCCAGAACGCGUCUCCCAUGUUUCCAGCACAAACUUUCCUGGACAUUUCCCAAAUGAGGACCACUCAUGGGACCUGGAGAGAUUCAGGAAGGGAUUGACCGUCAAAAUAGAAAGAUUAUCCAACCGUACCAUUGAAUUUGAUCUAGUCGGAGUGGAUGCAUCCAUCGCAAAUGCUUUCAGGAGAAUACUGAUCGCCGAGGUUCCAACAAUCUGCGUCGAAAGAGUUUACGUUUGGGACAACACUUCAGUUGUCGUCGAUGAAGUGCUUGCGCAGCGGAUAGGCCUUGUGCCUCUAAACGUCGAUCCGGCCUUCAUGGAUAUGAAACAAGGUCCAAAUGACCAGGCUACUGACCGCAAUACGCUUGUGUUUCGGUUACAAGUUGCCUGCGAGCGUCGGAAGAAUGCGCCGAAAGACGCCACGGACCCAAACAAACUGUAUAUCAACCAUGAGGUCCUGUCCUCGCAUCUGAAAUGGGUUCCGCAAGGAGAGCAAGAGGUCGUUAUGGCAGACAAUCCCCCUGCACCUACGAAUCUAAACAUUGUGCUGACAAAGCUACGGCCUGGGCAAGAAAUUGACAUGGAGUUACAUGCUGUCAAGGGAGUAGGGAAAGAUCACGCAAAGUUCUGUCCAGUCGCGACGGCGUCAUAUCGUCUACUCCCGUUGGUGAUUUUGAACCCAGAAAAGCCCGUGCCUCCAGAGCUUGCAGACAAAUUUCAAAAAUGCUUCUCGCCUGGUGUUAUUCGAGUAGAUCCUCGAACGAAAGCUGUUAAUGUGGAUGCCAAAAACACGCGAAACGAAACAAUGAGUAGAGAAGUAUACAGACACCCAGAGUUUGAAGGAUGCGUUCAACUCGCUCGAGUCCGAGAUCAUUUCUUAUUUAACAUAGAGUCUGAAGGAUUUUAUCCUCCACAACGUCUACUUCCAGAGGCAAUUGCUGUCAUGCGAGCCAAGAUUGCCACUAUCAAGCGUGCCGCGGAAACACUACUAAAUAAUGGUGACGGUCUAGGUGACGUUGAGAUGGCAGGUGCUUAGCUACGUAUGCUACCCCCUAGAUUCUGACCACAUACUAUUUCUACUCUGUUACUACUUUCGUAGCUGUAAAAUAAUGCAGGUGCUUUUCAUUGGUCAGCGGAAACUAUUGUACAGUAGAUGUGAUCUAUGUGAUGAGUCCUCGAGUGUGUACAGUUGUUCAAAAAAUGAUUCAGAGUUGUAAUGGCAUAGUGAAAUCAUUAGGUUGCCGAAGUCGGGCCAUGGUGGCUACGUCACAACCUCUGUGCUGCUUUAGAAUCUAGUAUGAUUCUGUGAACUUGGUCCCAUCCUUGAGGCAGUGUUGAACUGAACAUGUUUGUAAA